CUCUCUCGCUCGCGUACGCACGCUGUGUGUGCGCUCGUCCGCUCCGCUCCGGCACAGCUCACAACACUGGCUCUGCGCGCGCGACCAGUCAGUGCAGCCGCGGCGAGCAGCUGACGAGCUACCGUACACACAUACAUUCUGCCGCGUAUCUAUAUCUAUCCGCGCGGAAAGUGUCCUCGUCGUCCUCGUCCUGUGCGCGUAUUGCAAUACACCGGACAGAUAUCCUCCUCACCUGUGUGCAUGUGCGUGCAGUGCGCGAGAUAGAGAGAGAGAGAGAGAGAGAGAGAGAGAGGAUAUUUCUCGCUUUAUACACAGGCCGAGAGGAGCGACGGACGACGGCUCAUUCUUCCUCGGGAGCUUCGAGAGAGCGCGCACUUUUUCAAACCGUCGCGCGCCGCCGCAGGUGUUGCUGCUAUACGUAACAUGCUCGCUCGGACCUGCGAUCGCUGCACCUGAGUUUUACCCCAUAAGCUAGAGAGAGAGAGAGAGAGAGUGGGCAUAACGAGUGCCUAUCAGUCGAGGAGGGAAUAUCGCUGAUAAGCAGUGGACGAAGUGACCGGACCGACGGACGACUCGAAGGAGCGCGAGAUUACAUGCCCCCGAGGAGCGCGGCGACGCGACAGCCGCAGAAUGGAGCUGCAACUAAUCGCUCAGGCUCUACUGCUGCUGCUGCUGUUGUCCUCCUCGUGCGACGCCGUCUCCGAGAGCAUCAAAGGUAGCCGAGAAACGUGCGACGUUGAGGGCGAGGACUUCACCGUCGACAAGAUACCAAAUACAAAGUGCUUCAACUGCAUCUGCAAGAACGGCUUCGUCGAGUGCCUGAAGCAGCAGUGCCCCAGCAUCGAGGGAUGCUACAUGCUGCUCGACCCGAGGAAGGAAGAGUGCUGCCAGAAGUGCAAAGGUUGCGUGAAAAACAACAUCCAUCAUCCGUCAGGGACGGAGUGGACGGAGCCGAGCGAUCCAUGCAGGAUAUACACGUGUAACGCUGGCGUUAUUACGGAAUCGAAGCUCCGAUGCUACACUCCUUGCGCCAAUCCAACGCCCCCGGCGCCUGGACAGUGCUGUCCCACCUGUGCAGGAUGCUACGUUAACGGACAGAAGGUGACGGAGGAGAGGUCUGUCAUGACGACCGAAGAUCCUUGCGUUACCUGUAGGUGCAAUAUCGGUCGACUGACCUGCGCGAAGAAGGCCUGUCCCGUGCUGCACUGCCCCAGCUCGAGAAUCGUACAGGACGCCGGGGAGUGCUGUCCUCGAUGCAAAGGAAGCGGCAGGUACAUGCUGCCACCACGAGGUGCCUGUAUGCUCGGCACGACGCUGCACAGUACGGGCUCGCAGUUCUAUCUGGACGAGUGUACGCGCUGCUCGUGUACCAACUCGGCGAUAAGCUGCGCCAAGGAGACCUGUCCCGUCCUCGAGUGCAACAGCGAGUAUCAGACGAAGCUGCCGGGCCGAUGCUGUCCUCAGUGUCCCGUCGUCGAGGAGAGCAGGGCAUCGUGUACAUACGCCGGCAAAACUUACGGGGAUGGCGAAACUUGGAAGCUAGAUCCCUGCAAGUCGUGCGCAUGCAAGCAGGGCAAGGUGCGCUGUGCGAUGUCCAUGUGCCCGCCCUUAACCACUCCCUGUCCGCCGAACUCGCGUUUGGAACUCCCCGAGGGCCAGUGCUGUCCACGAUGCGUUGAAAGCGAUGGUGUGUGUACUGUCUUCGGCGACCCGCACUAUCGGACGUUCGACGGCAAGUUCUACACGUUCCGGGGCUCGUGCAAGUACCAGCUGGCGAGCGACUGUUCAAACCACACGUUCAGCAUCCGUGUGACCAACGACGCUCGGGCUACGCGACUGUCAGCCUGGACCAAGACCAUAUCCCUGAAGAUCGGCGACCUCAAGGUGAACCUGGGCCAGAGGAUGCGCGUCAAGGUGAACGGACGCAGGGUCGAGGUACCAUUCCGUCUGGCUAACAGGUUGGACAUCAACCGAACGCUGGACAGCAUCUUGGUCAACACUCAGCUGGGCAUCAAGAUCCUCUGGGAUGGCAUCAGCUUCCUGGAGGUGUCGGCGCCGACGUCCUACAGGGGAAAGCUGUGCGGCCUGUGUGGGAACUUCAAUUCCAUACCGAAGGACGACCUGAUGAAUAGGAGAGGCAAGCUGCUGUCGGAUCCUGUGAGCUUUGGUAACUCCUGGGCUGUGGGGGCCAAGAAGGUGUGCUCCAGGACGAAGAAUCACACGUCGAGGCGGGGUUGCAAGUUCAGGAAGGAUCACAGGUUGUGCAACCGGCUGCGCUCCUCCAUCUUCGAGUCCUGCCACCCAAAGGUCAACCCGGCGAUGUAUUACAAGGCCUGUCUUCAGGACAUGUGCGAGUGCCCGAGUGACCACUGCUACUGCGAGUCGUUCAUGGCGUACGCGCACGACUGUCAGCGACUGGGCAUCAACCUACCCCAUUGGCGCAAGUCGACUCGCUGUCGGACGGUCUGGGACACGACGCCAGCGGGUCACGGCUUACCACCGGCCUUCUUCUCGCCGCAGCCGCGCGGCCGCAGGUCCCGCUAACCAAGGCCCCGCAGCGCCGCCCCCGACGCUCGAAUCCAGAGGGCGCUGCAGCAUCAACGACAUCGGACAACGUUAUCAGCGCUGCUGCUGUUGUUGUUGUCUCCAGUCGAAGAGGAGGAAGAGGAGAAAGAAGAUACGUUUUACUCGAUAGUACUGGCACUGCUGCUACUACUCGCUGGAGUGGACCGAACGUCCGGGUGGAGGAGGGAAGAAGUCGAGGGGCAGGAGGGAACGAGAGGCCUGGCUGUUGCCCCUCCGCGAGAAUCUACUAGUCAUCUGCUUUUACUCGAUACGCAUUAAUGAGCACCUUCCAGUAUUUUGGCCGAUGAGCAGGCUCGCGGCAUAGCAUCUAUAAUUACAUCCCAGUGUAACCCAGAAAGAAAGCAGCGCGUCAACGAGUCCGCUGUCCCUUAACGUUAUUUUUUUAUCGCUAUUAUAGUGCCUACAGUGAACGGAAUAUACCGCAAUUGCAUUAUGGCGAUAACGCUCGAAUCGUUACGCGCGCGCGCGCGUCCCAUAUUGCGUUAUACGUUCUUUUUAUACUUUAUAGCUAAUACUUAUGUGUCGUCGUAGAUGAAUUUUUGUUUUCUCUCCCCGCGGCGCGCGUCGUAUUUUGUGUACAUAAUUAUGAUUCGCAGAGUCGCCUAUAUUCAACAGCGUUAUCGCUAUAAGAUUUUGUUCUCCUCAGUUGCGACGUCACUACUCGUCGUGGGCACGCCCGAACUUAACUAGCUGCUAGAGUCAGCCGCUCGCGUGACAAUUAUGUGCGUAAUUAAUGAAAUCUUAAAGUCACUAGCCUAUAGUAAUUUAAAUUAUGAUGUGUAUACUUACAGCUCUGCAAAUGUCGACGAGGAAUUAUUUAUACCAUACGAUGCGUGUAUUUAACUUGUGUUCGAGAAUCCCUCAUCUCUUAUCACUUAAACUAUAUAUAUAUAUAUAUAUACAUAUAUACGUUGUACGCAUAUUGAACAAAGUAUUUUAAUUUCGAUUAUAUAUGUAUGUCAGUAUGAGAUAAUGAUGUAAUCUUAGAAAUUAAUGUGUAUUGUGUAAUGAUAAUAUUUUAUGUAUUUAGCCGAAUUAAAUUAUUCAAGCUCCUGGACGUUAAUUACGCAUUUAAUUGCAAACUUAAAUAGAUGACAAUUCAAACAGCGUAUAUUUUUUUAAAGAAAAGUGCCUAUGCUCGUUUAUCGAUCAAAGUCCUGUGGUACACGCCAAAACAAUGCAAAUAUCUGCGCCUAUAUAUAACUUAUCACUGUGUCGAUAGGAAAUAUUGUACAUUCUCUCAUUCUUCGACUUUACUCUUUUUUAACUCUUAACUAUUUUAGUUGACUUACUUAAGAAAACUAGAGAAAUUGUACAUAGCCGAAGACUAUUCUUUUGUCACUAUGCACAAUAAUUUUUAAUGUGUUUAAGUUACAUGCGAAUUAUACCUAUAUAUUGUAUAUGUGCACACGUGUGUAUCGUUUGUAGUUCAAUUGCGUUUUUGUAAUAUAUACGUAGACGUUUUGUUUUUUCGUCUGUUUUUCAUUCGACGUUAGACUUUUUUCACAAGAAGAAUGAAUCUAUGAUGGAUUCCUACGAAACAGGCUACUGAGCAUUUGUGUAAAAAAGAAGCAAAUAAAAAAAUUAUGAAGCAGA